CGGGAAGAUGCAAUAGAGAGAUAGUAUUACAGUUAAAUUUUUACGUGUUAAAUCGUCUUUCAAUUCAUAUUGAUUCAAAUGUUCGUAGACUAUGCAUUUAUACAAACGACAUGACUGACUCAGUAUAACUUAUGAGGUGUUUAAAGAUAGAUCCAUUAGGUGACUCAACUCUGAAUUUGGGUUGUGUAGGAGAACACUACAACCGAGGGGAGGCUCCAGUCUCUCGUGCCACUGGGGUCACUUUAACACACUACCUUAUCUCUCUGACACUUAUAGCAAGAUGGAGAAAAGCACUGGAUCUCACGAUAGUUCUCUGGAAGAGGAAAGGGAGGUAACGCCUUCCACUGACGUUAAUGGAGUGACGGAGCACCAUGAAGAUGGCCCUACCGAGCAGGAAGGCGAGGAAGUGGUGUUGACAGGUUGUGGGGCCUCAGCUUGUUGUAAUCCUCAGAGGGGGCUCUACAGAUUUAUUGGCUUGCUAUUUAUGUGCUUCCUUUCUUUUGGUUCAUACUUCUGUUAUGACACUCCUGGAGCAUUACAAGAUCACAUCAAGGAAGACAUGGAGGUGAACACUACACAGUUUGCCAGUCUUUAUUCACUUUACUCUUGGCCAAAUGUGGUCCUCUGCUUUAUUGGAGGAUUUCUUAUUGACAGAAUCUUCGGCAUUCGAUGGGGAACUAUUAUUUUCUCGUCACUAGUUACUCUUGGUCAAUUCAUCUAUUCACUGGGUGGCAUAGUUGAUCAGUUUUGGCUGAUGCAAUUUGGUAGAUUUGUCUUUGGUAUUGGUGGAGAAUCACUUGCUGUAGCACAAAACAUCUACACUGUUAGUUGGUUCAAGGGGAAGGAGCUCAACACAGUGUUUGGCUUGUUGCUGAGUAUGGCAAGGGUUGGAUCAACAGUCAACUUCCUCACUAUGAUACCUAUCUACAAUUGGGUCAACAAUUUUGCGGAUGGUUAUCGGACACUCGGAAUUUCUUUAAUGCUUGCUGGUAUCACCUGUGUGUUUUCCCUCGCUUGUGCCAUCAUACUUGGUCUCCUGGAUAAGAGGCGAUCUGAAGUAUUGCGCCUUGAUUCCGCCAAGUCUGGAGAGAAGGUUCGGCUUUCAGAUGUCCUGUCAUUUCCACUGUCUUUCUGGCUGCUCUCCAUUAUUUGUGUAUCAUAUUAUGUUGCCAUCUUUCCCUUCAUUGGUCUUGCAAAAGUUUUCUUCAUGCGGAAGUUUGAUUUAGAUGACACAACUUCUAAUGCCGUCAGCAGUAUUGUUUACAUCAUUUCUGCUUUUGCCUCUCCAUUAAUGGGUUUCGUGGUGGAUCGCACUGGUCGUAAUAUUCUUUGGGUGUUUAUUGCUGUGAUCUUCUCCCUGGGCUGUCAUGCUAUGCUCACCUUCACCUUCAUCAAUCCUUUCAUUCCCAUGAGUAUUCUAGGCCUGGCUUACUCCCUUUUGGCCAGUGCUUUGUGGCCAAUGGUCUCCCUUAUCAUCCCUGAGCAUCAACUGGGUACUGCUUAUGGCAUGAUGCAGAGUGUCCAGAAUCUGGGUCUUGCCCUCAUCAGCAUGUUGGCAGGACUGAUAGUGGAUAAGAAAGGUUAUUUGGUUCUGGAGAUAUUCUACAUGGUGUGGCUCUGUGUGGCCUUGAUAUCUACUGUGAUAAUAUGGCUGUCAGACUCGGCAAAGGGAGGAAUAUUGAGUAUUUCCAUCAAUGAGCGACAAAGGCGGGAGGAAGACACUGAACAUUUGCUGGAGACAUAGGUGUGAAGUACUUAAGCAGCAGGUACAGCAUUGUCUAAAAAUAGUUAUCAAUGUAAGUACAGUGUUACUAGGGAUGCCCAACCAAAGUUUUAAGAUUUUGAUAUUUAAUCAUUAUCUAUCAAGUUCCUGAGUUUAAUGUAUCGUGUGAAAUGCAAAUAAUUUUAAUUUCAGGUUGAAAUAACCUGCAUCAAUUCAGACAACAAGAGAAGACUCGACUAUUGUGAAACAUAUGUAAUAUUAUACUGAAAUGUUGUGGUUACUCAUUUUAAUAAGUAUUUUGCCCUUUGUAAAACUUCAUUAUUUAUCUCAGAUUCAUUAUUAAUGUGUAUUUGUACAGUACAUAGUACUUUGUUAUGAUUGCAGUAUAAGGUAAUUUAAGUAUACUGUCUAAGAUACUUUAUUUUUUUUUAAAUUCUAUAACUAAAUGCAAUAUAUGUCUGUGUUAA